AUGACGGUCGUCACAAACGAGAAGAAAGAGCUUAUACCUACACGAACGGUAACCGAUUCGCGGGUGUGCAUCUAUUAUCGAAAGCUAAACGAUGUCACUUGCAAAGACCAAUUUCCUCUCCCUUUUAUUGAUCAAAUGCUUGAGCGUUUAUCAAGCCAUAGCUUUUAUUGUUUUUUAGAUGGGUUUUCAGGCUAUUUUCAAAUCCCCAUAGAUCCAAUUGAUCAAGAGAAUACCACUUUUACUUGUCCAAGUGGAACAUUUUCUUAUCGACGCAUGCCCUUUGGGUUAUGCAAUGCGCUGACGACCUUCCAAAGAUGCAUGACGACAAUAUUCCAUGACAUGGUGGAAAAAUCCAUGGAAUUAUUCAUGGAUGAAUUUUCUAUUUUUGGCUCAUCUUUUCAUGAUUUUCUUACUAACCUCGAUUUAAUGUUUGCUAGGUGUGAAAAGACCAAUCUGGUAUUGAAUUGGGAGAAAUGUCACUUUAUGGUGAAAGAAGGCAUUAUAUUAGGUCAUAAAGUAUCCAAGACGGGGAUUGAGGUGGAUCGGGCGAAAAUUGACACUAUUGCUAAAUUACCCCCACCAACUAAUUACUUGUUUACCAAGCGGGAUGCGAAGCCGAGGUUGAUCCGAUGGGUGCUUCUACUUCAAGAAUUUGACAUCGAGAUCAAGGACAAAAAGGGGAUGGAAAAUGUAGCUGCUGACCAUCUUUCCAGAUUAGAAAAUCCAGCAAGGGGAGAGAUAGACGACAAGGGUACUGAAGAUAGUUUCUCGGAAGAGUACUUGAUGGUGAUUAUGGGGGAAGAACUUUGGUAUGCUAACAUUGCAAAUUUCUUGGCUGGGGACUUUCUUCCAAAAGGGCUCACUCAUCAACAGAAAAAGAAUCUCUUUUCAGGAAUAAAAUAUUAUUUAUGGGAUGACCCUUAUCUUUUUAGGAGUUGUGCGGAUGGGAUUAUUAGAAGAUGUGUAUUUGACAAGGAAAUCCGUGACAUUCUAGAGCAUUGCCACAAUGGGACAGUAGGGGGACAUCAUGGUGUACAAUUUACUGCUAAGAAAGUUUUUGAUGCAGGGUUCUAUUGGCCUACUAUCUUCAAGGAUGUUGCUACAUAUGUGAGGGAAUGUGAUGCUUGCUAG